CGAAAGCAGACUUUUGUUUUGAAAUGUCUCCAGGUUUGCAUUCCCAAUGUUCCCAAGUUCACACACGGGAGCGCUAGUCUUGGUCCAACUACCAAGCUCUCGCUGGAACUGCAAGAAGCUCAAGCUGACCUGCUGAAAUGAGUUUCCUCGGUGGCCUGUUUGGUCCUGUGUGUGAGAUUGAUGUCGUACUCAACGAUGCAGAGAGCAGAAAAACAGCAGAGCUGAAGACAGAAGAUGGGAAAGUGGAGAAACAUUAUUUAUUUUAUGAUGGAGAGUCAGUUUCUGGAAAGGUAAACCUCAACGUAAAACAAACUGGCAAGCGGCUCGAGCAUCAGGGAAUUCGGAUAGAAUUCGUCGGACAGAUUGAACUGUUCAGUGAUAAAAGCAACACACACGAGUUUGUGAACCUGGUGAAGGAGCUUGCUCUUCCAGGAGAGCUGACCCAGAACCGCAGCUAUGACUUUGAGUUCAUGCAGGUGGAGAAGCCAUACGAGUCCUAUGUCGGAGCUAACGUGCGACUGAGGUAUUUCCUCAAAGUAACCAUAGUGAGGAGGCUUUCUGAUUUGGUCAAGGAGUAUGACAUCAUUGUCCAUCAGCUUGCCACCUACCCAGAUGUCAACAAUUCCAUCAAGAUGGAAGUGGGCAUUGAGGACUGCCUACACAUAGAGUUUGAGUACAACAAAUCCAAAUACCACCUAAAGGAUGUCAUUGUAGGUAAAAUCUACUUUCUGCUGGUUCGAAUCAAAAUCCAACACAUGGAGCUUCAGCUAAUCAAGAAAGAAAUGACAGGAAUUGGACCGAGCACAACUACCGAGACAGAAACUGUGGCUAAGUACGAGAUUAUGGAUGGCGCACCGGUGAAAGGCGAGUCCAUUCCAAUUCGCCUCUUCCUGGCUGGCUAUGACCUCACAGCUACAAUGAGAGAUGUAAACAAGAAGUUCUCAGUGAGGUACUUCCUAAAUCUGGUGCUGGUGGAUGAAGAGGACAGGAGAUACUUCAAACAGCAGGAGAUCGUUUUGUGGCGAAAAGCCCCCGAGAAGCUCAGAAAACGCAACUUCCACCAGCGUUAUGAGUCUCCGGAGUCACGGCCGAGCCUUUCUGCUGAACAGCCUGAAAUGUGAGCAAGCAGCCAGACAUGGACACGUUUCCGCAUUGGCCAAUCACGGGAGAGGAGAGCAAAUCCCACCAAACAUCUCCACCUCCACUCCUCGCAGCUUGCGGUGAUCGGCCGUGUCUGUGCCUGCCUUCGCUGUGUCCACUCCGCCGUCCACAGCAACCAGUCUGUUAGCAUUUAAGGACUUCUUCCACACUAUAGAAAGCACUGGAACAGAAGCUACUAUGUAAAAUCCUGUAGUAAAGUUUGGGGCUUGCACCCUACACUAGAAGAAGAUUUUUAAAGCACUUGCUAGUUUUUGAAGCUCCAGAUAGAUCAAUACCAUCCGGGAUAUAAAAGUAUAUAUAUUUUACUUGACUUCACUUUAGAGAGGAUACCACUGCAUGCUGGCUGGUUGAAACAAAUCUUCGGUUAAAUGUUGGCUGCAGGGGUCGUUGUUCAACAGUCAAGAAAUGAAACGUGUUCUAGGUCCUCCCAGGCCACAGUGCCAUACCAAUUUUUGCAAUCAUAAUAAUAUGUUAAAAAAAGGCAAACAGAACUAUUUAACUUACUUAGCAUCUAAUCUCUAGGCCAUUACUGCAGUAGAUAAAUUUUCUCUAUUGUAAUUACCUUUUUGGGGAAAAAAAGAUUUUUUUUUUUUGCAUGAGGCUUUGGAAUUGAACCUUUUCAAAUGAUGAAUUUUCUUUAAAGAUGGAAUCACCUGGGUCUGGCUGGUUAUAUUCAGAGUUAGCCACACAGAAUGGCACACAAAUAUUCUCAUUUUUGUUUCUUAACUUGUUGAUAUCACUCAAUCUCAUAACAGACCCGUAUGCAGGCCGUGCCGCUUUUCAUUUUAGAGUAUUAACAGUUUCCCUUUCUCGAAUACCACAUGCUGCCAUUUCAUCCGUUUGUUUAAACGUACACAUGACCAUAAGCUUAUGAUUAAAUGAGUCAUGAUUGUCGCAUGACAUGUUCAAGGUUCUGGAUUAACAUCAAAUCUUCAUUCUGUUGCUGAUCUGCCGGUUUUCUCUAGGACGGUGAGAAACUACAUUCCUUUGGAUGUUGAUUUACCAGCAUAUAAGCCAUUAGGGUUAUGAUAUGAUAUGAACAAUAUUGACCUGUAUACAGUACUAUAGGAAUGGCAUUUCCCACCUACAAUGGCUGCUGCAGUAAUGCAUUACAAAUAUUAGAAAUGAAGUGAAGAAGGUGAAAAAUUAGUCGCUAGUGGACCUUGGGGGAAAAAAAAAUGUACAUAUCCAGCCUCAGUAUGUUUAUCUGUCAAAUAAAAAUGCAAGUUUAUACUGGU